UGCCACUCAGCCACUGGCGGAAUGGCAGCAUUAACUGCCAACAACACUAAUCCGAAUUCGCAGUUCAAGGUUAACCGUUAUUGAUAUCGAUACAUUCCAAAAGGGUCUCAGUGGACUGCAGCUGCCGCAACGGCAUCAUCAAGAAGUACCACGGCCAAUGUGUUCUGCCCGAGAGCAUCAUGAUAAUCAAGGAAUUUGAUGAUUUCAUGUCCUCCCACAAUUCGUUUUGAUAAGGAAGCUCGAUGGGACUGCCCACGGCAUUCACGGCAAAGCUCACUUCUUCGCUGUCGACAGUCGCAUAAAACGGAGAAAAUUACGUGACCCGGGCCUCGCUGUGCUACUCAGAUUCAGCUGAGGUAUCCUCAAUGUCGCUCUCAUCAGACCCUCCCAAGUUUCGAGUAGCAAUCUGCGGUGCAGGCAUAGCAGGGCUUUUUCUCGCUAUCACGAUUGGCCAGUUUGCAGGGCGCGAUAUUCACAUAGACUUAUACGAAGCGCGUGAUGCCAUUACAACUGCUGGGUUUGGGGUUGGAAUCUCGCGACGCGCGGCGGAGGUCAUGGUGGAACUCGGCUUGUAUGAAAAAAUCUCUCAUAUUUCAGCAUCGUCCCCUUCCUCCAGCUAUGUUUCGACAGGUCGGAGAUUAAGGAAGUCUGAUGCUCCAAAUGGUGGUUUCGAGUGGUUUCAUUAUAUCUCCAAAACAAUUAAACAGGGAUUCAGUAUGCAUCGGCAGGAACUCGUCGACAUUCUCAAGCAGAGCAUCCCAUCGUCAUGCACUAUGCACAUUAAUAAACGGCUCACCAAAUAUGAAAAGCAGUCAUCAGGAUCGCUCGCACUCUACUUUGCUGAUGACAGCACCUCGAUCACCGACGUAUUAAUAGGGGCAGACGGCAUCCACUCCCCAGUGCGGAAGACACUUUUCGAAACAAUAAGCCCAGACAUCAUAGACCCAAGCAAGAUAAGGCACUACAGUGAUCCAUCUUGGACCGGAACGCUUGUCUAUCGCAGCAUCUUCCCAGUGGAGAAGCUUUUGAAAUUGGAUCCAAAUAAUGUAGCUGCGAAGGAUUUCGUGAUGUUUUGCGGGAGGGGAAAGCACAUCGUAUCGUAUCCUGUUUCGCGAGGAACACUGAUCAAUGUCGUAGCAUAUGUUGCUGAUGAACAGAAAACUGGCAUACCUUUUGAGGGCCAUUGGGUUUCAGCUGUAUCCCAAGAAGAGGUUAUGAAAGCAUAUCAGGACUUCGAGCCCAAUGCUAAGCGCGUUCUGGAUUGUUUCGAAAAUCCCUCAAGAUGGGCGCUUCACGUGCUAAAUGAAUUGCCGUUAUUCACUUGGGACAGAGUUGCGUUAAUAGGUGAUGCAGCCCAUGCCAUGACAUCCCACCUUGCCGCUGGAGCUGGUCAAGCAAUUGAGGAUGCUUUUGUGCUUGGUCGCCUUCUUGCCCACCCACUCACAACAUUGGAUAACGUGCCCACUGCGUUGAAAGCAUACCAGGACGUCCGCCUCUCAUUCACUCAAUUCGUAGCACGUCAAUCGGAACGUACUACAAGACCGAUAUACGAUUUUUGCGCACUUGGAACAGAUCGAGGCAAUGAACAAGAGGAGAUGGAGAUUCUGAAAGAGAAGAUGGUAGACCUGUUGGAAAGCUGGGUAAGUGAAGGUGAAGGUGGUGCUGUUGCUGAAUGGGUGAAAGCAGAAAGGCAACUGCAGGAGGGUUCGUACAGUGGACGGUGUGAGAACAGUGCAACGUGAUCACUAUAUUCUACAUCGUAGUGGUGCCGGGAAGCGCCAGUCCCCGACUCCAAGAAAUGAUGAUGGGUUAGCAACAAACAAUAUAUUACAGGCUUUACAGCCGUUCUCUAGAUCUCUUCGCCUCCGAG